AUGCCCAUCUGCAAACAAUGCUCUCAAUUUGGGAAAAAUAGGUACCGGAACCUUUGGAGGCUCAAAUACUUCAUCUCUGCUAGCGAUGCGCGUCGCCUUGAGUACUUUCUUGAAGGUGGUCAAAGCGAAUUCGAUUCUGGUCACCUCUACGAGGCUGAGAGAGUAGAUACGGCUUUGGAGCAAGAUAGCAGCCCACCUACUAUUGCCUCACGUUAUAAGGUGCUACAGCAAGCAAGCGACAUCAUCCGGCGCAAGGAGGCGUGCGAGCUAUGUAAUUUGAUUGCACACCAUAUUGAGAAAAGCCGUGUAGAACUGGACAGGCAAAUCGAAAUCAUACUCGUACCUUUCUGCUCAACUAUAGACAAACAUGGCAAAAAUCUGGAGACACUCCGCUUAUCAGUGUUCGAAAUACGAGAGCCAUUUGAUAGAAUGAUCGGCCCUGUAGAGGCACAUGAUCAAGAAGCUGCUUUGGAGAGGCAACCUCGCUGUAUCUUAGAACUACAGGAAUGCUCUUCUCUAGUCCCAACCAUCGAUGAUAAUGAUGAUGAUGAUCAUCAUCAUCAUCAUCAACAAACACACACUCCUCCAUCCCAGAGUACCGACACAAGGUUCAGCGGUCGUUUGGUUAGUUCGAGGAUAAAUCCGAAACUUAUUUCGAAGUGGAUAAAGCUGUGUAGUACAUUACAUGGCCCCAGCUAUGGACAACCACUCUUCCCGGAGCAAGCCGAACAAGUACUAAGAUCUUUACUUGUAAUAGAUUCAGAACGAAUGUGCAUUAUUGAUGCUCCCGUUGACUGUCGAUAUGUUGCACUCAGCUACUGUUGGGGAACGGUGUCGAUGUUAAAACACACUAUUCAAAAUUCGGCGGCGCUUCGGAAAACCCGAGCUCUCUUAGAUUCAAACGUGCCGGCAACAAUCAAGGAUGCUAUUGCGCUUGUUCAGGAAGUUGGAGAGAGAUAUUUGUGGGUUGAUGCACUAUGUAUCGUCCAAGAUGAUGCGGCCGUGCAAAAAGCGCAGUUGACGCAGAUGGGUCUUAUCUAUUCUCGUGCAGCUUUCACUAUAGUGGCUGCUUCUGGAAAUAAUGCCAAUACUGGACUUCCAGGAAUUCAUUCCGAUCCACGGAUCAUCAGCCAACGGGCUGUGAAAUUAGGCGAUAAAACUUUACUUGAAGUUAUUGAUGGGAGAGACUACUAUAGUGGCGUCAAAAAGUCACAUUGGAUCACUAGAGCAUGGACCUUGCAGGAGCAGAUUCUAUCAAAGAAACUUUUAAUUUUCACCGACCAACAAGUCUAUUGGAGCUGCUGGAAAGCUGUCUGGCUCGAAGAGGUUGUUCUUGAAGAUGUUCACGCCAUGACUUUCCUCCAUAAUCCCAUUCGAGAUCCAACGGACCACGGGUUCUUUUCAGUAAUAACUGGGCUUAAAGUUUACCAGAUGCUUGUCAACUACUACAGGCAUCGUCAACUUACAUUCAAGUCGGAUAUACUGAAUGCAUUUUCUGGCCUGUGUCAAGUCUUAGCUGCGACCGAGAAAGAAUCAUUUCAUUGGGGUCUACCAACUUCAAAUUUUGAUAAGUCUCUAUGCUGGUGGCUGCGCGGCGGUGGAAAACGAAACCACGCCUUUUGUGACCAAGUAGCAAAAAGUGGUUCAGUAACUUUGCCUGUUCCAUUCCCAAGUUGGAGUUGGGCUGCUUGGCAUGGCAGCUCUGCUCAUUCUUGGAUAAGCUGGCAUGAACACGCAUUUGAUCAAGAAAGACAACCAGCGAUCGUCUUUUACAGUUAUGACAUCGAAGGACAAUUGAAACAAGUCAGUCAAGUAUCAUCUGGUCCAAGUCGAGUUACAGAAGUCCCUUUGAAAGAUCAUCAAAUAACUGGACCACCAGAACUUUUAGAGUUCCAUCGUGAAUGGAAGGACCAACCUCAAAUAUUUCGCGAGACACUCUAUAUAACGCCAGUGAAUACAGGAAUUUUGCAUUUCUGGACGAGCACAGCAACACUUCAUAUCCUCUGGGAGCAAUUGCAAGACAAUCUUUGGUUUGGUAAAUCCGUAGAUCAAUAUUCUGUUAUGAUCUUCACUACAAACUUCCCCGAAAAUAGCUUUCCCGAAUAUGACGCCCGCUUAUAUAUGGAUGCAACAGCUCACCUAAACCUUAACAAUGUCGAAUUGUCGGAAGUACCAGAAGGUUCCAUCCCUAGUUGGAUGCUCGAAGGCCAUCGAAGGUACAAUGUACUAGCGAUGGACUUUAUCGUCAUCUCUAUGAACUACUACAAGGGGGAAAACCCCAGUCUGGUUGCUCUAGCGGUUGAAUGGAGGGAUGGAGUUGCUUAUCGAAUUGGUAUUCUCUUUAUGGAACAGACCGGGUGGGCCAAAUUGCGGAAUAGGGUUUGGAAACAAGUGGCAUUAGGUUAA